AUGUCUCUCUUGUAUCAGCAUUGGAUACUCCUCUUGUUAUUCUUCGGGGCAGGUACCUUCAUAUUUACCGACGAAACUCCAGACAUGAGUCCUCGUGAGGAGGUUUUGAAGGAUACUCCAGGUCAAUCUCACGAUCGUAGACAACUUGGUGGUGCUUCAACAAGUGUUUUACAUCUGUCUAAAUUGGAGGCCAGUCUGAGCAUGAGCAAUGAUUCUUUUGACAGGGAAGCACUGGUGCAGUUUACGAGGGGCAUAAGCGGAGAUCCGAGAGGAGCGCUUGCCGACUGGAAACUCAAUAACACCGAUCACGUCUGCUCCUGGAGUGGGAUUGGAUGCAAAAACCAGCGGGUAGCCUCCAUCAAUUUGGAAAGGAAGGAGCUCAAGGGAGUCAUCGGUGAUUCCUUGGGAAAAUUCCCUCAUCUGCAAACGUUGAAUCUCUCUGGUAACCACUUUGUUGGGCCUAUACCUGUAAGCCUGGGCGAGAGCAAGUCAUUGGUUAUUUUGGACCUGAGCUGCAACUCACUGCAAGGCCAAAUUCCUCGUCAGUUAGGCCGCCUGAAGUCAUUGAGUUCACUUCGACUAGAUUUCAACUCGGAUCUAUCGGGACUCAUCCCAGAAGAUUUGGGGAAAUGUUCUAAUCUGUCUGAACUGAUCAUUGGAUUCACCAACAUUACUGGGCCUUUUCCUCGUUUGGGAAAUCUCAGUAAGCUAGAGGUGUUACACAUAUACUCGAAUCCAAAUCUUGGAGGCAUGAUCUCCAAAGAUUGGGGCGCCCUAUCUGGAAGUUUAACAGCCCUUCUGUUGGAGAACAAUUCUCUUGUGGGAGAGAUACCCUCCGGGAUAGCUAGGCUCGCAAAACUAGAGCAUCUCUCAUUAAGGCAGAAUAACCUGACAGGCUUGAUCCCCGCGGAGAUCAGACAGCUUCUGCAUCUGAAAACCAUCGAUCUGGGAUUUAACAACUUCUCUGGAGAUUUAUCGAGGUCAAAUGCUUGGUCGAGCCCGUUGGAAAAGCUGGAUCUGAGCGUGAACAGUUUUGAAGGAAUAGUUUCAAACAUCGUGAAGGCGCUCAACUCGAGCUCGCUGAAGUACCUGGAUUUGAGCAACAACUCGCUGACAGGCAGCCUUCCCCCAGAGCUUGGAGAGCUGGAGCACCUGGAGGUCCUGAACAUAUCCAACAACAUGCUCGAGGGACCCGUACCUGCUGCCUUUCGACGGUUGACUAACCUGACAGAAGGUCGCUUGAACAAUGCUGGUCUUGACGGAGCUGUCCUGGACACCUUUCAGCCUCUACAGCGUCUCCGUGUCCUCAGUCUGGCGAAGAACAACUUCAAGGGUAAUCUUUCAUUCAACUUCUCUACUUUGCUGGAAGAGCUCGAUCUUAGUACUAAUCUUUUCAGAGGGCAGAUCCCAGCAACUGUUAUCCACCUGGAAAAUCUGAAGAUACUGAGACUGAGUGAAAACCAGCUCGAGGGCAGUAUUCCUAAAGAGGUGGGACGCUUGAAGAGUCUGCGACAUCUAGACCUUGGGUCCAAUCUGCUUACAGGACCUAUUCCAAAAGAGGUGGGAAGCUUGAGGAGUCUCCAAGUGCUAGACCUUGGGUACAAUCAGCUCACAGGAUCUAUCCCGAAAGAGAUCGGAUCACUUCAAAACCUGACAGACUUCGUCCUUAGAGGCAAUAAUCUCAAUGGAACACUUCCCUCUGAGCUAUCACGGCUUUCUCAGUUGAGGAAGCUGCAUCUCAAGAGAAACUUUUUCGAAGGUAGGUUGUCAGAGAAGCUUCUAUCUGACAUGGUCAAUCUAGUAUACCUCGACUUCAAUGAAAAUAGAUUGUCAGGGCCCUUACCCAAAGCACUGGGGAAGCUGAAGUCAUUGCAGAAACUCCGACUGAACCUCAAUCAGUUCAGUGGAGGUAUUCCGCAGGAGAUCGGGAAUCUAGAGCAGCUGCAGGAUCUGGAUCUCGGGCUAAAUAGCCUCACAGGCAUCUUGCCUGACUCGAUCUCAAAGCUCAGAAAUCUCGCAGCCUUUCGUGUUCCCAACAAUCAAUUGUCUGGAUCAAUUUCUGGAGCGCUCACAGGUCUCAGCAAAUUAAGCAUUCUAAACCUGGGGCAUUGCUUGUUCAAUGAUUCUCUAGAAUCUUUGAAUGAGACUUUUGACUCCUGGAAAGGUUUGACAGAGAUGUACCUGGAUACAAACAGAUUCACAGGAUCUAUACCUAGCUCAAUCGGGGGAUUGGUAUUUCUAAAAAGUUUGUUCCUCCACAGCAACAAUCUCACAGGAGAAAUACCACGCGAGCUUGGGAACUUAGAAUUCUUGGAGGAUCUUAUGAUCGGUAACAACAGCUUGAGAGGAGAUCUACCUCGUGAACUGGGUAAACUUAGCAGGUUAACAAAAUUGGAUGCGUCCGCAAACAAUCUGGGAUCAAAAGUACCACCUGAGUUUGGGAAUCUCUCAAGUUUGAUCAACUUGACCUUGUACGAAAACGGUUUCACAAGUCUACCCGAACAACUAGGAUCUCUGUCACAGUUGGGAUCAAUCGUCAUUUACUCCAACCUUCUGCGCGGAAAUAUACCCAGGUCACUCUCCAACUGUUCAAGUCUCACAAUUUUGAAUAUGGGAGACAACCUAUUUACCGGCCAAGUACCGGGAGACUUGGGUAAAAUGACCAAUCUCCAAAUCCUGCACCUGGAUACCAAUCUCCUCGUAGGUGAAAUUCCGAAGGAGCUCGGACUGAUCCAAGGACUCGUAGGUCUCUGGAUCUUUGAAAACAAGCUGAUUGGAACCAUACCUGAUACCUUCUCGAACUGUACGAACCUUGAACGGCUGCGAGUGGCUCAUAACCAUCUGAGUGGAAAGCUCACCUAUGAUUUCAGCAAGAAUCCAUCAUUGAUGACUCUGUCGUUGGCUUCCAACCUCUUUGAGGGGACAAUCCCAGUCGGGCUCAGAAACCUCGAAAAACUCGAGGUGGUAGAUCUGAGCAAGAACAUGUUCAGUGGAUCAAUUCCUGAUGUCUCUUUCACAGGGAAUACAACGACGCUGUUGCGUGUUCUGAGCCUAGCGGGCAACAAACUGGAGGGCACGGUUCCAGCUUGGAUUUGGAGGAUGAGUUCUCUGCAGAUAUUAGAUCUUUCAGAGAACAAACUCAGUGGAAACCUCCCAGCAGCAGAUCUUCUUCAACUGAAGGGAAUGAAUGUCACGAGGCAAGUAACGUCCAAUCUGCAAGAUAGUGCUCUGUAUGAAGUGGUCUACAUAACCGUGAAUGGCCAGGAGCUGUUCUGGAAUUGGAUUCUUCAGACGGUCAUUAGUUUUGAUUUGUCCAGCAACAACUUCUCGGGUGAGAUCCCAGCUACUCUUGGUGCUCUUCACGGUAUCCUGUUUCUCAAUCUCUCGAGAAAUCAUUUCACUGGAUCCAUACCACCAGAGCUGGGAUCACUCGCCGAGCUGAGUUCCUUGGACCUCUCAUCAAAUCAACUCACUGGGCCUAUCCCCACUGAGAUCGCACGUUUGGGCUCGCUGGGAUCACUGCAUCUUGAGAACAACAAGUUGUCAGGGUGCAUCCCACUUAUGAAUAGUUUCAACACCAGGUACGGAAACUCCUCAUACUUGCCGGGGAAUCCUGAUCUCACUGGCGAUCCUAUCAACAGAACUUGCAAGCCUUACGUGCCGAUUGAGAAUCCCUCUAAAACCUUAAUGAACUUGAUGGACCGCGUUUCGGCAAAAGCAUUUGCAGCUGGUGCUGUUAUUGGAUUCUCUCUCGUCUGGACUUACAUAAUUUUCUCGAAAAGAGGUCGCAACUGGCUUCUUCGAGUACAUUCGAAUACGUUCUCAGAAAAUGAGUUUUCCACUGUAGUUCGUCAUCUGAGAGAUGCACUGGAAGCUCGACACAGGCCAAUUUAG